AUGACUUCCAACAAACCGGUAGACAAGCUGGCCGACAAUCUGAAGGGGUUGGUCAUCGGCGCCAGUGGUACAAUCCCUGGAUAUCAACAUGUCAAUCGGGCUCGUGAACUAGUAGGCUGCCAAAUCGUGAACAUUGAUUGGCUGCUCAAGAAGAUUGAAAAGCACAUUCCAGAGAGUGUUCAGAAAAAGAUACUCAAGAACGAGAAAAAUCAAGGCAAAAAGCGUGAACGGGAAUCUUCGCCUGGGGACGACAAUGGCAGCGCUUCAAAGAAAACGAAGGAUGAAGAACAGAUCAACCUCAAGAGGCUGACUGAUUUGGUUGACGAGAAAUACCCAACACCGAGUAGUGCGCUUUCCGUUUUCCAGGACGACACGGGAUUGAUAUGGGAUGCCACGUUGGUCAGACCUGGUGUGGAAAAACAAGUCGAAGUUGUGCGCAUCCAACUUCUCGUUCAUGGCCAGUCACAAAUGUUCCACACCUGGGACUUGCGUUACCAAUUUGGAUCAUCUAAGGAAUCAAAUUCAAUUGGAAAUGUAGGAAGCCUCGACUCGGCCAAGCGCAUGUUUAAGGCGAAGUUCAAGUCGCUCAGUUAUCUAGCUUGGGAAGUCCGACAUGCUUUUCCCCGUCCUAAAGCCUGGGUUUUCCUCGAAAUGCAUCACAGGGAGGUCCCCAUCUUCACCAGCGAGACCAGCCAGUUGCCUGCAAGCGUUGAAAAUGUUUUGAAAAUCAUCUUCACAUCAGGAAACUUGAAGAACUACGUCACUUUCCUAAACAAUCACGGACGCAACGUUUUGCUUGAAAGCAAAGUGGACAUGAAAAAGCUUCUGGUUGGGAUUGAAGUUUUGGGCAAGCUGAUGGAGCUCACCAACCCUCAGCUGGCACCUGGCGACCACCGUUCCAAAGCGAAGAAGAGAUUGUGCACGAUCUACGAAAGCUUGAUUCUCACAAACCUGACUCUUUCAGACACCAAUGAUACCGUCAGACAGGAAUUGGAAUCCCUCGAUCUCUUACUCAAGUUGCACGAUGCCAGCGAGAUUCUGGAAAAGAAAACCCAGUCUUCCUCAUUGGCCAUGAGCCAAAUAUCCCAAGUACUUGGUCUGGCAAAGAUGCUCCCAGUGAGGGGGAAUUCCACAGAGUUCAAGAUGCUCCGGGAGUACCUGGAAAAAACUUCCAGUCCACUCCACCCGUAUCAAUUCAAGGAGGUCAUCGGCGUGUUCCGUCUCGAACGUGCUGGGGAAGCAGAGCGCUUUGCCCAAUGGGAAAAGGCAAACCUUGCUAAUACUGGAAACCGGCGACUUCUAUGGCAUGGCUCGGUGUCUAGCAACAUUGCAGGGAUCUUGAGUCAAGGACUGCGUGGCGAUGGAAUUGUCAGUACCGACGGGAAGGACUUCGUUUCUGGGGUAUACUUUGCCGACAUAUCCACCAAGUCGGCGGGAUAUUGCCGACAGCAAGGGGAAGCCUUGAUGUUGCUAUGUGAAGUCGAGCUGGGCACAACCUCGGCCAUUUCAGUUCACUAUACUGGCAGCACUGUCCAUAAAGCAUGGCGUGAUGCUGGAUACAUUCACUCGGAUUUCAAGGGGUCCUGGGUGCCAGAUGUUCACGCCGGAACAACCACUGCAAGCGACAGUGAUGGCUUUAACCACUCUGAGUAUGUCGUACAAAACCCAGCACAGAUUCGUCAACGGUAUCUGUUCCACGUCAAGAUUUUUUGA